AUGGCUCUGCUCAAAUUGGUCGAGGUAGCGACUUUUUUGAAUGGUCGGGAGUGCAAGUACUUGGAGGAGAGGGACGAAGCUCGCAAGGAGUUGCCUUUGUUGCAGCGGAGGCUGGCAGAAUCCGAGGCCUCCUGCGAGGUGUUCAGGGAGGAGCGCAAGACCCUCUCGGCCAAUCUCAAGGAGGCGGAGGAUAGGCUCAAGACGGUGUCUGAGGAGAGGGAUAGUGCUGUGCAGAAGGCUGAUGAGCAGAAGGUUUUGAUUGGCGAGCUGGAAGGGAAGUUGGAGAGGCUCCAAGUCACCAGGGUUGUUGAAGAUCGGGAGAAGGAGCUCGAUCCUCAAGGGGAGUAUGCUUCCUCCUCUCGUGCUGAUUUGAUCGCCAAGAUCCAGGAGCUUGAGUCCAACAUGGUGGCUGCUGCAGCUUUUAGUUUCAACAACGCAGUGGCUCAGCUCAGGAUUCUCAACCCUAGCUUGAUCGAGGAGGGUUUAGAUGAGGAGAAGGAGGUGCGGGAUGGAGCUAUUGUUACUCCUGAUGAUGAUGAAGUGUAA